GCCAGGCCUCCUCUCCCACUGCUUCAGAUAAGGAAUAAAGAGGCCGUUGCCUGGCGCAAAUGCUUCCAGGACUCUCUUAUCACAUUCAGACUUUCUCUGCUACUUUCUGUCUUUUUUUAUUUGAGGCUGAUGAAACAUUGAAACAGAAGGAAAGAUAUUAAUGCUGGCUGGACUUUUUUUUUUUAAUGCCAUACAAUGGCUUCCAAGUACCCUCCAAGUCUCCGGAUUCAUCUCCCAGCUCUGAUCCUGGUGUAUGAAACCUGUUUCAUCCUCAUUUUUUAUUUUUUCGUUUUGUAUGACCGUGAAAGAGACCUUGAUAUCUACCCAGCAUUUCAAGAUGUCAGCGUCAUGGUGUGUUUUGGUUUCGGCUUCUUUCUGGCUUUCUUGAGAAGAUACAGCUUCAGCAGCACUGGAUUUGGCCUUCUUCUCACUGCCCUGGGAGUGCAGUGGGCUGUGAUCAUGGACGGAUUCCUGUUUCAUUUCUCACAUGGGAAAGUGAAGAUCAGUCUUCAAAGCAUCUUAACAGCCAUUAUGAGCAUCCCCACAGUGUUGAUUUCGGCUGGAGCUGUGCUUGGGAAAGCCAACCCAAUCCAAUUGAUCUUCAUGGCUAUGAUGGAGGUGACCAUUUUUACCACUAACCGAUGGAUUGCUGUGGGUAUUCUGCAGGUGCCAAACCACUUAAGCAUGAUGUACGUCCACGUGUUUGGAACUUACUUUGGGCUGAUGAUAGCCUGGUGGCUGUAUCAUCCCUCCCUGAGCCAGAAAGCGGAGAAGGAGAACACAAAGCCGGUCUCUCGUUUGUUUGCAAUGCUAGGUACUCUCUUUCUCUGGAUGUUCUGGCCCAGCUUCAAUUCAGUCCUGAUUGAUGUGGGGCACAAAAGUGUCACCAUCUACAACACCUAUUUUGCAAUCGCUUCAAGCACUGUUGCUGCCUUUGCGCUUUCGGUGGCUACCAACAAAGAUGGAAAGUUCAGCAUGGCCCAAAUCCACAAUGCUACACUGGCUGGUGGUGUCGCUAUUGGCUUUUCGGCUUCCAGCAUCCAACAGCCUUGGAUCGCAAUGACUUUGGGCCUGCUGGCUGGGUCCAUCUCCAUACUGGGAUCUGUCUUUUUGCAGAAAUGCUUGAAUACUUCUCUGAGGAUCCAUGAUACCUGCGGAGUCCAUACCACAUUUGGCUUGCCCAGCUUGUUUGGUGGGAUAGCCCACAUCAUUCUUACCUUAGCAGACCACUGGGGAUCCAGCAACCAGUCUCACUGGGGUUACAUGGCUUUGAUGGAACUUGGUGCCCUCUCUCUGAGCAUUGUCCUAAGUCUUGUAGCUGGUCUUGUUACAGGUUUCUUGUUAGUUUCUAAAUUAUGGAAAGCAUCCCAUGUAACGAAGUACUUCGACGAUCAAGCUUAUUGGGAGUUCCCGCACUUAGCCAUAGGAUACUGAAUACAGACAUCCAAACUGCUGCAAACCAGACGCUGGAGAGAGUAACUUUCUGUUACUGUGAGACUGUGUGGAAUAUCAUUAUGAGACU